AUGAACGAACAAAACGAACACGUCGGCCACUUCCAUCCAGGCAGAUACCAAGCGACGAGAGAAUUUAACGCAGCUGGCGUUCGCGGAACAGUCGUUUCCGUCGUCGACACAUUCCACAACAGAGGUAGCUUGAUCAUGAAGUUAACUACGCUUCCCGAAGACUACCGUCGAGAAUUGACGGUGUUGCAAGCCAUGAGACAACACGAAGGCUUUCCAAAUCUCUACGAUUUCUUCACCCUUUCUGCACAAGAUGGUGAUGUACAGUAUUUAUUGAUCACUGAAUACGAGGGAGAAAGUCUCCAUGUCGUUUCUAGGCGCACAAAAGGAGGGAUCUCCCACUCCAACCUGAUGAGAAUCGCCUUCAAACUGUUUUGGACAUUGGAAUCCCUUCACAUGCAAGGUUUUUGCCACCGGGACAUGCACGCUGCCAAUGUCCUCAUCCGACGAGAGUAUGAUGGGAUUGUUCGCAUCAAACUAAUCGACUUCGGCAUGUCUCUCCCACUAAACCCACCACCAAUUCCACAAACUAAUCUGACGUCGUGGCACGCUAGCUUUCAAGUGUGCCGGCACGAAGCUUACACCAGAUUCGACGAUCUAACCUCUGCUGUUUUUGUUGCGAUGUGGUCCAUUGAUCUCAACCCGUUCGGCGAUGUUCGGGAUCAGUAUUUCGCAAGAAAAGCAAUUUUUCAUCGAGAUCCAUUUGUCCAUUUCAACAACAAUCUGAAAUGGUUGGCGCUAUUGUAUUCUGAAAUUGAUUAUCAAAGAACCGCAGGCUACUCGCACCAUGAUCUGUUUGAGAUCUUCUACAGGUUCAACCCAGAUUUCGAUCCAACAAGCCCAAUCACUCACGUCGUUACUGACAAUCAGCUCAUCAUCGAAUAG